GUUUAGGAAAUUAGUGUCGGAAAUAUACUGAAUAUAUAAAAUUCAUAUUAGUUUUGAUGAUUUUUGUAGACAUCGAGCUGUCAUUUCAAGCCAUGAAAAACAGCGGUUACUACCCAUCGGGUCGUAAGUCUGGCGCCAACAACAACAACAACAGCACAUCACUCGCAACACCGAUGACCACAACGAUGUCGAAGGCGGCCGAAACACAUCGGUUACGCAAACUGAAGACCCCCUCCCGGUGUCGGGAAUGCGAUUCCUAUGUCUACUUCCAGGGCUACGAGUGUCUGGAGUGCGGUCUCGGCUGCCAUAAGAAGUGUUUGGAAACACUGACCAUACAGUGCGGUCACGUGAAACUGCCCCGACGUAUGACCACUUUCGGUGUCGCUCUCAGCGCCCAAUCCGAUAGCGACGUCCCCCUCAUUGUCAAGAAGUGCAUCGAAGAGAUCGACUCCCGGGGCAUAACAAUCAAAGGCAUAUACCGGGUGUCGGGCGUCAAGUCUCGGGUGGAGAAACUGUGCCAGAGUUUUGAGUCCGGCCACGACUUGGUCGACCUCUCCUCCACCCCUCCCAACGUUGUCGCUAAUGUCCUCAAACUAUACUUAAGACAG